UGAUAGUAAAAACAUAUCGCUUCGCCUUUUCAUCACAAUUUACCAUCAUCUUUGCAUGAUCACCGAGCACCAAUCACGGAGCACAAUAUCUACUGGAAAUCACACGAGAAGAGCAAGUCUUAAAACAUGGACAAAAGUGAAUGUAACCUUUCCACCCCUUCACGAAGCAGCUUUAAAUGGAUAUAUCCCAUGCUUGGAAAUACUGAUUGAAAACAGUGCAAAUCUGGAGAAAAAUGAAAACCAGUUUGGCACUGCUCUGCAUGUUGCCUGUCUGCAGGGUCAUGUUGGAUGUGUGAAAGUUUUGCUUCAGGCUGGGGCAAACCCUAAUUCCAUCAGAAGGCAUCAAGUCCCCUUGCAUGCCACUGCAAUGAACAGAGACGAGAUCUGUACAGCUCUAAUUCUUGAGUUCAGAGCUAAUGCUUAUCUAAGAGACCUAGAGAGCAAGAAACCUGUUAACUUAACAACUAAUGAGGCAUGCAAAGAGAUGCUUUUUGAAGCUGGUAAGGAUUUAAAACUAAUUUUAACCCUUUAUUCCCAUGAGUAACCAGGACAGAAGUUCUUCUUACAAUAUUUAUACAAUAUCAAAGAGGAAAAUUGAUGAUAAUGAAGAAAAAUAUCAAUAAGAAGGUAAUUAGUCUACCCAAUACCAGAUUCUCCAAACUAGUAGCAUAAGAAUUGUAUGGCAGACAGUGAGGAGGAUUGCUAAUGAGAUCUUGCUCGUGAAAGGGUUUAAUAGUUGAUACUUGUAUUUAUAA